GGUUAUCCCAGUGUGCAGCUCUGCACCCAUCAGCCAGGACUGUGACAAGACUGUGUAGGGCUGAUUGCCAGAACAUGAUUAACGCAAAUUUCCAUCCCACCAACAAUCAGAGAUCAGCUUUGGGCUUUCCGUUGAAAACAGAUGCAGGUUAGAGUUUAGAUUCUCUUGAAAUUAUCAUAAUCUAACAUAUUUGAUGACAUUUCAGUGCAAACUCUCCACAAAGUGGGGUUAGAUGGCAUCAUGGACAUUGAAGCAACUGCAGCAACAAGAAAGUCAAUAAUUCUUAAGCCAAAACAUGUUGGUGAUGUUCACGUUGUUCCGGUGAAACACUGUUUUCCAUGGUGUAAUUGGAAGGAACAUGAUAAACAACCAACUCCUGCUGAGGUUUCCCCUUUAAGAGUCUUAAAGAGGAAGAGUCAUGUAUUAAUAGACAAUAUGAAGGAAAAAGACAUAGAUGAGCACUGCCAAUCAGGAAAAAGAAGGCAAUCAGUGAAACUUACAAAGACAAUGAAACUUACAAGUUCACCGGCAAGGAAUUUGGUUAGAAAACACUCUUCAAGUAACAAUGAGCGAGAUGCUCUUUGCAUGCAGAGAACUGAUCAGGAAGUAGAGACCCUGCAAGUAAAGAUGCUUGGUACAUUAGCAGAGUCUAUGGAGGUGGAGCCAGGAAGAACACACUCAAAGGGACCUUCAUCAAAAGACUUCCCAAAGACUUCUCAGCAACAUGAUACAGUGAAUUCUGAUGUCCAAGGUCUUAUUCUAAAUGCAGAAAGAUCAGAAGACUCUGGUAAACCUUUAAGGCUUGACAAGCAAAAAGCUUUGCAAUUUUUGUCCACUCUAAAUUUGCAAGAAAUUGAUAAAAGCGGUAUAAAAUGUAAGUCUUUAUUUGAGACUUACCAGUUUGAUAAAGUGGAAAAAUCCAUUGUUGAGGAAAACUGAACGUUGCUU